AUGUACAGUCCACCACCGUCGUCACCGAUAUCGCCCAUUCGGAACAGGCAACCCAUACUACCAGGUUUCCGACCAUCCCCAAGACCAAAACAGCGCCCUGUACCUGAGAUGACCGUUCGUGAACUACAAGACUUGCAUAGCUUGAAUGCAAGGGUUCUCGCGUCGCCGGGAGCUUCAACCUCCACACUCAUCCAAAGGGUAUUAGCUCAGCAAUCUGCUGUAGAAUCGCGGUUGAUUGAACUUGAAGGAAUGGAAUCUAUCAAUACAGGAUUGAAAAGAACUAUGAUCAGAGGUGAAGGAGAUAUAUUGAUAGAUGCUCCACCCGAACCACCCACAAGUAGGACAAUUGAAGCAAAGCGGAAGGCACUUUCUCAAUUUGGACCCAACAACGAGUCAAUUCGCACUAAUACUUUGACGAUGCGGGAGGCUAUCGAUUUGGAGCGUCAGGCACAUGCCCAAGACCUGGAGAGGCAGCAGCGGAUAAUCGAAAAGAAGAAGCGUCUUGGAAUGCCAAUCAAAGGAGAAAUCCUGACCAGGCAGGAGAGAGAAGCCCGUAUCUGGGCAUUUAUGAAUCACAAACCCACAGAAUCAGAUCUCGAAGACGAUGAUGAGGAUGAAGAUGAAGAUGAAGACCCUGCGUCAUGGUUUGAGGAUGACCAAGACGACGGCCGUAAAGGGCAAGAUAUCAUCGAGCCAGAUAUCGGAGAUCUUACAGACAUAAUUCGGGUCGACGAAAGCAGACUCUGUUAUAACACGUUAUACAAACCUGGAUAUGAGGGCGACUAA